AUGGACAGCUUGAGGCAAGGCCAUAAGGAGCUGCUGGAAGAAUUGACCAAAAUAUGCAGCCGCAUUGACACGAAAGUUGGCGCCGAACUCGAUGACGCCAAUUUCACAUCCAUUUCAAGAGAUGAGCUUCGAUUUCUUCGUGAGCAACCCGGACGGGUCGAAGACUUGGCAAAUAAAAAUGCUCGCCUCAUUAGGGAUUGGAAACAGGAUCGAGAUAAGUUGUCGCAACUGGAGGCCCAGGAACACAAGCGUCUGGCGGAAGCCCCGAAGCAGGCCGAACACCGAGAGCACUCUUAUAACUUUGCAAGUCCUGCGGGACUGAGCGAUCCUGGCAGCAGCCCCAACCUUGCUCUGGCACCAAUUGAUUUGGUUUCUCCAGCGGGAAACGUGUGUGAGCUAGACUCUACUAUGAAGGAUAAAUACCACGCCCUGGUGCCCAAAUUCAAUAAGUUAUAUGAAAAUCAUAAAGCUGUCAAGGACGCGAAUCGUCAAUUGGCCGGGAGUCUUGUGAAGCAGAAGAGCUUGGCCAAAGCCUGGCGGGCCAAUGCAGAUCUUCUGAAAAAGACAGUCGCUGAGAACAACGACAAGAUUCAACGGCUGCAGGGAGAAAUUCUGACCUUACAAGCAAGAUUAGAAAACGAUAGAGUCACAAACGAUGCAGUAGCAGCAGCGCCACGAGCUGGUGGGCCGUUACACUCACUAGGUGAAGAGAAGGAAGGCAGUCCGUCGACCUCCAAUACACAGGCUGCAAUACCCGCAAGUAGCCCAGUCAAGGGACCAGGAGCUGAGCAUGCUUUCAACGAAAAUAUCGGCGUGGAAGAUACACAAUUUGAACCGCUUGAGCCUGACCAUUCAAGCUCAACAGAGGACGACAUGCCUCCUGCGUUCCCUAGAAGCCCAGGCCCUGGAUCACACACGGCUAAGGAAGCCCGAUCCUACGACCCCCAGCAACUAUCUAGCAGCCCGGUAGUGGUAUCGUCUCGCAGGGUUAAAAAGCGGAAAAGCACGAAGCAAGCUGAGCGAAGUCCCGAUAUGAAAGUCAAGGUCGAGACUGUCUCUAGCAGUCCGGUGGGCCUUGCUGCAAUGAGAUACUUGGACCACGGCCAGAGCAUCGAUCUUGAUCAAAUUGGGCAGAAAGUCAACACGCCAAAGAAGCGGCGCCGUGAGUUGGAGCUAUCCCGGCAAGCCUCGAAGCUUUCGAAUGAAUCGCAGUUCAGUGUUGGAAGCCCAAGCCCAAGUCAGCACGCUUCUGAUGAUGAUUCUCCAUCUGAACAGAAGAUAACCAUAUCCCAAGUAGGGUUCAGGGAAGCAGAAUCUCCCCUUCAGCCGCUCGAUCCCAAUAGCCUUGUUCUGCCACGAACAUUAGACGCAGAAGCCUCAAAUAAGCGACGUCGGCUUAUUAUUGAAAAAGCAAUCGAGGGCGUAAGUGAAGAUGGACAGAAUAUCGCGCCUCUUCAAACAAGAAGACAAGGAAACACGCCUGAUUCAAAUUACCGCUUGGAUGGCUUGCUUGACCAGCCUUCUCCAGCUAGGUCCAUUCUAAGCCCAGCUCGCCUGAGUCGCCCACACAGUCCGCUUGGCACAGAUUCGCCCGCUGGCGGAAGAACCCCUUCGAAGUCUGGAUUGGCACGCGAGGUGAAUGUUGGCCGGUCGAAGGAGGGGUUACGCCCUUCAAAAUCCGAGGAACAAAGUCCAUAUGUGAAUCAGCCAGGGUCAGUAAGCAAAGGUGCAAGCUCAAAUUCCGUUGAACCGGCUAGACCGUCCUCGAACGCGACGUUCAGAAGUGCUGUAGAGCCUUCGAGGGAUGGCAAUGGCAAAUCCACAGAGAUGUCGAGGCCUACCAAUAAUAUAGCUAGGACGACAGCUGGAAUUACUACACCUACCUCAAAAGGCGUUGCGAGAAACCCGAUUGAACAUUCUAGGCCGUCAUAUCAACGGGCAGGGGGCUCUAUAGACCCGUCACGGCCUUCUUCAUCGCGACAUCGAGGCCCUCGUGGAGCUGAGGAGGAUCCUCCUUGGGAUGAUACCCCUGAUAACGAGCCUUUGAGAUGUCGGGAAAUACGCAUGCUGAGUCCCCAGGAUUUCAAAAUCAACCCAGCAUACAAUCAGGGUUAUAACUAUGCUUUCACGGAUGUGGUACGCAACCGAUAUGAACGUCAAUGCCUUUCGAGUUGUACCAAACCUGGAUGCUGUGGGAAGCAGUUCCGUGCACUGGCUAUUAUGUUUUUCGAUAGGGAGAUUGCUCCAAACCCAUCCCAGCAAGAAGCAGACGAGAAGUUGGCUAAGGACUUCUUAGGUGGCAAUGCGUAUAAGUUUCAGGGGAUGAGCAAAGAUGAGAGAAAGGAGAUUCUAGUGCAAGCUAAGACCCGAGAAUUAGCCAACCAAUUCGGGCGACAUAGACACGCAUAUGAAAGACCGAAGAGUCCGCCGGGCUUUUGGGAUGCAGAUUUCCCAACGACGCAGGAACAGAUGGCUCAGCGCGAGAAAGCGCACGAGUUUGAACGCGAGUUAGUAGCCAGGAGGUAUGAGGAGGCAAUGAGACCCGGGGGAGCCUAUAUAUUCCGGGAUGAAUAG